GGCUUGCCGCAGGACCCGACGGGUUCCGGCUCUUCUUCUUCUUCCUCUUCCUCCGACCUCGCGGAAUCCGACGACCGUAACGACGACGAAGACGCUCAUCAGCUCAGUCAGCUGACCAGGCACGAAGAAGAUCCUUACGAGAGUGUGGCUAGCGAGAGGUCUCUCGAGUUCCUCGCUUCCAGGGAGACUCCUUGCGAUUAUAGGAGAAGGUACGACUACACCGAGACAGCCUUAACUGACCCGGCGGUCAGCCUCCAGGACUACAGCAGCAGCAGCGCCAAUAGUCUGGACGAUCUUUGCCGAGGGCAGCGGAUGCUCGGUGACUUCAAUCGAACAGAUACUUCGAGGGAUCACUACAUGGUGCCCACACGUGACCCUCGGGAGUUCAACGAGAGGAUCCUUUCACUGUUCAAUCCUCAGUUUCUUCCUAAUUUCAAUGAUAUGAUCAUGUACGUAGCCAGUCAGUACGAUACCAGACGUACCCCUCCGCCCAGGUCCAGGUCGAUGGCCGAGGGAGAGGAUAGAUUGUUCAGAAACUCGAGUUACUACCGGAAGAAACGCGUGGUCGGAGCUGGAUCGAUGUUCUUCCGGCGGGGAUUGACGUACGAGGCGCGCAAGUGACAAAGGCUGUCUCUCUUCGGAUUUAAACGGAGGAUUCAGUAUUUGGUGGAUCGUUUAAAGAUCUAUCGGACUUGAAUAGACACACAAGCGCGCUUUCGAACACUAUUUUUUUAAAGGUGUAUAUCCUUUCGAGACAGAUCUUGUGCUAGAUACGAAGUUUUCUAAACGGAAUUCGAGCGUUCUUCCUUUCCGUUUCUCAGCAGUACGGCAAUGGGAGAUUAUUAGGGGACAUUGACAACGAUGAUGGGAGGUGUGUUAUGUGAUACGAUCUGAGGAGACUGUGUUCGUAGUGGCCUGCUUAGGUGCUUAGGACUGCGGUGAUUUAAACAAGACGAAGAUUCAUGGCUCGAGGUUACGUUUCUUGAAUGGUAAUUGAUGAAGAGGAUAUAACUCAUUUGACCCCAAUCCUUUCCAUUUUAGCUUCUAAAUUUUUAUUAUUUUUUAUUAUGCAACGGCGUUGGAUCAUUAGAAAGAUCUAUUUUAUGAUCUACUUAAAUAUCAAGGAUCUUUCUCCAUGGUCUGUGCUCUCUAAAAUCAAUCUAACGAGGAUAAAAAGAAUUUGUCUUGGCAGAUUAUUCUAAAAGGACAGUACAUUAAUUUUAUUUAAACUUUAAACUAAAAAAAAUUCAUGUGGCAUAAGUAUCAUUUUGAAAUACUUUUAUGUCAUCAAAUCAUACUAGAUUUUCAGACAUCUAAUAAUUGCAGUAAUCUAAUAUAUAAAACAUUUCUUCAGUAAUCAUCAUUUAAAAUCAACGAUAGUAUCGAAAUGAUAACGAGAAAUAAUUGUAAGAUAUUUUAAGAAACGUAUUGCCUCGAGAAAAAUGGAGGUUUGAAGCAUUCGCGCGAGACGAGGCGUGCCUUCCGUAUAUUAAUUGUUGGCAAAUUUCAGAUCUUGUAAAACAGGAAACGGUGGAGAUAAUAUGGCUGGUAUAGAUUCGGGCAAGUGCCUCAUUUAAUGCGUUUCGUUUAAGAAUAGAGCGAGAGUGAGAGAGAAUGAGUAUGAGAGAAACUAAAAGACUAAUGUGUAAGACUUAUCCGAGUAUUGUUGUGCACUUAUUGCCGUGCUGUGAGUAUAUUGGUUAUUAGCAAGAGAGAGAAAAACAUUAUUAAACAAUUGAAGAAACUGUGCUGUCUUCGAGGAGCUGAUGAUGAUUUUUCUCUCUUUUUUUUUAUAAUGAAACCGUCUCUCCACAGUGGAGCCUUCUUUAAUUGUUUAAAAAUGUAGUACAAACACGUGGGAGACAUUAUUUUUAUUUUGAAAUAAGACUCCACUGUGUGAUCUGAAGACAGUUUCUUUUCGCUUGGAUAUAUUCCUUAGACACUUGAAAGAGUAUUAUCGGGAAAGUUCGGUACAGAAUGGGGUGUUAAGCGUGUUUGGCAAAAAGAUGCCUUUGACAAUGGCGUAAAUCGGUCUUACUAGCGUACAAUAGCCGGGCGUGUACUUCCUUUACAGCUUAAACGCGGAUUGAGUGCCUGCCAAGUAGCGGUUAACGUUUGUCCCAGAUUUUUCAGAGAACAAAGAAGAGAUGUAGAUCGAGAGUACCUUAGGAAGAAAUGAAAUUUUGAUUUUCUAAGUUUUUUUGUUCUCUUUCUUAAUAAACAAACGUUGAACUACUAAUAAAUCAUCACUGCCGCCCCAGAUUCUAAUAAGAACAUAGACAUCAUCGAUUUUCACUGAUUGUCAUUGAGCGUUCAGAUGGACAAUACACGAGGAUUAGAUCGGUCAUGAAUCAAGAGGAAACGUAGUAUUAUUAUUAUAUAGAAACGACCAUUACGAGGCACGGUCUGAAUGAAAUGGAAAGAAAAUCGUGUAAAUACGUAGAAAUUGUUUUUGUUUGAUCAUUGAAAUCAUUCGUUACACGCUACUCGUCACCGCGGACAGCAGUGGUAUAUUAAUUAAUAUUUACACGUACACUUGGGUAUUUAUAAUACUUUGAGUGACGUUUCUGUAUAGGCAUUUUUGUUGUAUGUACUUUAAGCUUUAAUUUGGUGCAAAGCUGAUCAUAACUGCCAUGUUGUGAUAAUUUUAUGUCAUGAAACUGUUCCAGAACUUUAGAUCACAAAAUUUGAAGAAUUGUUCGUUGCAAUCCGAAACCAGUCAUCUUGUAUUAAGAAUAUCAAUGAGUUCUUUAUACAUCUAUUUUCUUAAAGUAUUAAUCUUUAUUUUAAUGUAUCAUAAGUACCAAUUCGCAAUACUUUUAAGUUAUGAAUUCUUAUUAGAUUUUUACCUUUUACCAUAAUAAUUUUCGGUGAAUCUCAAGGUUUAAUUUGAUAUGUUAUAAACGUCAUUUAAUGAUACUUUUCUCUCAUGAAUGUAUAUGUCACUCAAAGUGAUCCAGUUGUACGUGUAACCGCAUUUUCAUUAUAACACACACACGCACACACACACACACACACAUAUAUAUAUAUAUAUAUAUAUACACCGUAUAUACAAAAAAACUAUACAUAUAUUUUUUUUUUAAAUAUGUAUUACGAGAAUGAGAGGGAGAGAGUGAAAGAUGAUGUUUAACAAGAGAGGCAGCUAAUUACACACUUUUCUCCGUUGGUCUUUAUGAAAGACCCGGGAUCUUUUUUUAAUUAAAAUUACGCCCAACACCUGUGUAAAUCUCGUGUAUCCAAACGACGAGAAAAAAGAAAAAAAAUUGUUUAAACAAACCGGGUGUUCGGGAUAAAUAUUUUACAGAUACGAUGUUUAUAUUAUACAAAAAAAAAAGAAAAGCAUCCAACUUAGGUACCUUGUGAGAAAUUCUAUAAAUAUAUAUAUAUAUAUACAUACAUAAAUAUUAUUGGCAGAUUGUUAUACGCUAUAAUAUUUCUAAAUUUAGAUAAUAUGUUAUAUAUAUAUAUACAUAUUAUGGAUGUACAUGUAUACAAAGGCGUUUUAAUUAGUAUUUACGUGAUUUAAUUGUAAACGAUAAGAAUAAUUGUACAUAGUAUUACAACGUUUCAAACUGACUUAGGAGGUGAGGAGAAUUUUUCAUUGAAUUAGGUUUCUUUAUUUUAAUUUUCAUUAUACAGAAACGCUUGCACAUGCUAUAAUGAAGAGUUAAUGAUUUUUAUAUACAGGUAUGUGCAAUUUAACACUAGAAUAAAUAUCAAGAAAAUUUCACGCAUUCAAACUUAGAAUAAAUUUAAUAAAAUAUUCUUGUUAUUUUAUCAAUGUUGUGAACUUCUAAAAAUAAAUUCGAGUGGAAAACAUGGACUGGUUGAAAAUAAAAUUGGUCCCUGCUUAUUUUUCACUGUGAAUUCACUGAAAAGGAAUUUCAAGAGAUUCCACAAUAACUCUCUUAAAAUAAGUCUAAUAAAAUUAGUCUUGCACAUACCUGCUUAGCAGUUAGAUUAUAAAUUACGAUCGCAUUAAUUAGGUGAAGUAAAUGCAACAUUCCACUUAAAACCUGGACUGCCAACCAUUUUCAGUAAUCAUUGGUAAUAAUUAAACAGUUAUUUUUACAAAAUGAGUUAUUUUGGAUGUUGCAACUUUGAGAGCGAAAGGAAAUUUCAAUAUCCGAAAGUUGUAAAAUCAUACAAGUCCUAUACAAGUAAUUCUUUUAAUGUAAGAGUGACAGAGAAUACGUGAUGAGAUCUUUUUUAUUUUGUUGCUUGAGAUUAUUACAAGUAAUAUUGUAUGUUUCUUAAUGUUUUGUAAUGAUUUCAAUAAAGGUAUCCUUAAAAUAGUCAACAUUUAUUCACUAUUUUCAUUUUUCAAAAUCAACUAACAUUUUUAAUUAUUUUUCAUGAAACGUGGACUUGUUAGAUUUUACAGCAAUAAUAAUCUGAGUUUAAAUAUCAGUUACUGUAUCUUUAAAUAUAAUUAUCACUCUGUCUGAAUUAUUUUUUUUUAUAGUAUUAUCAAUGCUAUAGUGCUAUCAUUGAUAAGAAUAACGCGUUGAUAACUCUAAUUUUCAUCUAAUGUUAUCUUGAAAUAGUUUCCACCUACUAAAUGAAUCAUGUUUUAGUCUGAAAAAAAUUAUUUCUCUUUCGCAAUUAUUACAGGAAUUAAAUUAAGUUUUUAAAAAGAAUACUUAAGAUGGUAUUAGUAUUAAAAUGAUUAAAGUACUUACCUGCUUAAUCCUGAUGGGACAUGUAUGUACAUAAUAUCCCAGUGAAUUUAGGCAAUUCAAAGAAAAGAAUGAAAUCCGAAUAGAAGAAAGCCAUGUUCUAUUCAAAUGAAUUAACAAUUUAAAAAAGAAAGAGAUUAUGGAAGUACUUGUACUAAUAGUGUGUUGAAACUUAACAAACAUUGAAAUGGAUGGCAGUCCAGGCACACAUGUUUGCUGUGCCAAUGCAAUGCGUUUUCUGUACAUAAUAUCGUAGUCCUAAUUAAUAUUAAUUAGAGAGUAGCUGGAGUCCUGUUGACGUAAGCGAACGGCAUACACGUAGAAGUAAUCGAUACAGCUACAGUCAUACAUUUUCUUUUAUUCAUGGUUCCUUUGUCUUCUUCUGAUACAGAAUAAAAAGGAAUGAAGGUUUAAGAAAACUGCCACAUACGGGCAAUAAGCUUCCAAUAUAUGUCUCGUGAAGAAAUCGUUCGCCCAUUUGCUCGACGCGCAACGAAAGGACGAAGAACAGAAGAUUUCAUAACUAUGCACCCAUAGAUGGGUCGUUGGUGGAUCCCAUGAAUUCAGUCACUAGGUUGUUGCAUAACAUGUAGGUGAUAGAAAAUUUGAGAAUGAAAUUAUGACAUAAGGGUAUUGCAAAAUAGCGCUUGUGAUACAUCAAUUUAAAGCAUAAAGUUUAAAAAACAUAACUACAUAAACGCCCCAUUAUGAUUCUCAAUACAAAUUAAAUGAUUCAUCGUUCGAAGCAAACUUAGUAUCUAAUUUUUCAACAAAGAACUUGUCAUUUUGCAUUAAGAAUAUCAAUGAAGCCUUUAUGUACUAAUAUUCUUCAGACCUUAAGCUUUAAUUUCAUAUAUCAUAAGUGCCAUUUUAUAAUACUUUUCAGUCAUGAUUUUUAUGUAACAACCUAUACACUUUAAUAGUUAUGCUAGCUGUUCGGUCCACGGCGUUCACCGGAAACGGAAGAGCUGGAGAACUUAGAAUCGUCAGAAUACUUCGCACAAGACUGAGAGGAGCUUGUACAUAGAAACUUCUACAUUUAAUGCAUUACAAUUUGAUAUGAACUGUUCAGUUUAUUACCAUGACAUAUAAUAUAAACUGGUAACAGCAUUGUACAUAGAGGAAAGAGGAGAUCCUACUACCGUGCUAUAUACAUAUAUGUUACUACCGUUGUCUCCAUUUUCUACACGCAGAAAGCCGCCACACAACAGAAAGAUUUCCUAUUUUUCACAAACAAACACACACACAUACAUACACACAGUGGACCAAAUGAUUAUUAACACCUGGUUUCAUCUGUUUUACACCUUUUCCCUUAUAAUAGAGAUUCUGAUAGGAAAUCAUGUGGCUAUAAUAAUUCCGCUGAACAACAUCAACGAAUUCUAAUGAUCAUUGCUGGGUGUCCUAACACACCACGAAUAACGGUAGUAAACGCAAAAGAUCCGCUUAUGAGUUACAAUUUACAUUUACAAUCCAGAUUAUCCAUAACGUUUAAAUAGAAUUAAGAUGAAUGUCGCAACAAGUAAUGUAAACUCUCUUCAGAGACGAAAUAAACGAGACGAUGAUUCAAAUA